CUGCGCUCCUGAGGCCGGUGUCCUCCGGCCGGUCCGCGCCGCCGCCUCCGCCGCCCAGACUUGCCCUCCAGCUCUGGGGGCCGCCGGCUCCGGCCCUGCUUUGCCGACACUCGCUUUCCUUCCUCCUUCCUGCCAGGUUUUUCACAGUCCUACGAAGCAGUUGCCAUAUUUAUCUCCACUGACAAUGAGAAAACUCUGGGCUCAGGGAGACUUACUUGCCCAAGGUCACACCUCUGGUUUUACAAAAGAGAGGAACUGUUCUACUUCUAGAUUUUUUUCCAGUUUUUUCUAUAAAGCAAAACAUCUGAAAAUGGAGGCCUAAAACUCUUAAAAGGGACUUAGUCUGAUCUGAGGGAGGUAGUUUUGUGCAUGAAUAAACAAAGUAGAUAACUGGAGUUUUUUGUAUCCAAAGAAUGUUAAUUUAAAAAAUAUGAUCUAGUUAUAAGAGGUAUGAUUACACAGUAAUAAUAGGUUUGAUUCUGAAUUUGACUUGUGGAUAUAAAGAAAUGAUUGUAGUCAAGACAUAUUGUUGAAGUACUUUUUUUCAGAGUUGGCCAGGCAGUUUCCUACUGGCUGCUGUGUAGAAUAGAAAAAAAUUGUACCUGUAUUUGGUAAAGAUUUAAAAAUGAAUGACAGUUAUCUAGAACAAAUAAUUAAUAUUCAGCCUUCUGCUAAGUUAGAGAAAUAUGCAUAUAAAACCUUUGGCAUGUUAAAAGAUUUCUGUAGUGACAAAGAAAUGUCAAAACCAAAACUUUUUGAUAGGUACAACAAAAUAAGAGUAAGUAUGAAAGAUAAACGUGAUGAUUGGUAAAGAAAUUAACCAUUUCUAAGCCUAUUGAUAUUUUGAAAGUCAAAAAUGUAGUUUGUUCAAAUGGGUUGUUUUCUCUGAGAAUAAUUAGAAUGAGAAUGAUGGGUGGAUGGUUACUUUUUGGUAAAUGAACAAACUUCAGAAAGAAACACAGAGAUAGUCGUAACACCACACAGAGACAGUAAUAACACCAGGAGUUUUAUAUUUUAAAAUAACACAAAUAAUAUUACACAUUUUAUAACAGUGUAUAAAAUUAUUGACUAAUAAAAGGAAUACUGAAGUUAAACAGAAUAAUUCACCUUUGAGGGAAAUUAUCACUGCUAUUUCUGAUGCCACCUGGAAAGAAAGCAUUGAAGUCUGCAGUAAAAAGCCUCAAUAUAUAUGAGACUCAGGAAACAUGCUUGCAAAUCACUUCUGGAAGAACCAUGAUGACUUGUUCAUUGGUCAUUACUGAUACUAUUGAUGUAGACCUGCCUACUGGUAGAUAGUUUUAAUUGAGAAAUUCUGGAUUUUGAGGUCUCUGUUGUUCAAAAGAAGUGGAUUGGGACAAAGUAAAUUUAUUAUGUUUUGUCAAGAUAAAUUCUGGUUCAAGGUAUACUAUCUGUGAAAUAGUUUCUGACCAAAACCAAAUUUUUUUAAUCCAUCUGUUUUUUGUUCGUUUGUUUAAAAUUUAUUAUCCAUCUUAGCUUGGAGACUCAGCACUCUGACUUUUGACUGUUUUUAAAAAUAAAUUCACUAUCAGGAGAUUUGAUGUUGGCUUUCAACAGCAUGGAGCUGAGCCUAAAAGAUCAAAUGAGCAAAUAUACUCAUCUCUGAUAGUUUAUUUGAAAUGGAAUGUUUAAUUUGCUAAAAUCUAGAGGCAUCACUAUGACUCAGCAGUCAGGUACCUAUCUAUGGAAGUAAUUAUUAUUUAAUAAAUCUUGAAACCAGGUCUUAAGAUCUGUGAGCCAAUUCUGUUACUACUUAAGUUCUUCAUCUGGAAGAAAAUUUUGGAUUUUUUUUUCUCCCCAUUAAAAUGGUUGUAGGAAGAAAAAUUAAUUAAUUUGAGCAAGAUUUAGGAUAUACUAUAUUUCACUGAAUCUAAGAUGUCAUCAUUUGUAAAGCACGCCAUUAUUUUAUGUACCUCCUAGAAAUAAAAAUCCUGUUAAUUAAAAUGUGAUAUGCCAUUGAUUGUAAGAUACCUCUCCAUAACAGAGAUAUUGAAACAUGUGCCUUAGAAUCAGUGAAAUAUAAUAAUCCAUUCUUUUCUCCUUUUGAGGUUUUACACUUUCUUUUCCCUGGCUCCAAAAUUUCACAAUUUAAAAAAACCAGAAUAAGUAUAGUUUGAAUAUUCUUGUGUAUAUGAGACACUUAUGCAGGAUAGCUUUCUGCCAAAACAAACUAUGUGAGACAUUUUAUCUUCAGGCUGACCGAAUGUCAAUGAAGCAUAUUAGUGGAGAGGGUGACCUACCUGUGGAGACACCUGACACAAAAUGGCGUCUUGAUGACCUAACGCAUUCUACAUUUUUAUGAGGGUUUUAAUUUUCAUCACAAGGUACUGUGUAGCAUCAUGUUUACAUUGUAUAUAUCAAGAGUAUGCAGAGGUACAAGUUGUACAUAAUUGUCCCUUAAAAUGUAUCAGUAUAGGAUUUAGAAUCUUGCCAUGCUGUAAUCCUAAAUGCAUAGAAGAAAAAAGAAUGAAAGAUUUCCUGUUCUAAGUGUUCAACCUAGUACUAAAAUUAAUAAAAAUCAAAAGCCAUGCACAAAACUACCUCCCCAGAGAAAGACUAGUCCCUUUUCCUCCCCAUCCAUUUCAUUAUGAAUAUAGUAGAAAAUAGUGUAUUCUUAUCAAAUUUGAUGAAGAGUGCCAACAUGUUUGAACUGAAGUAUGACUUUUCAUGUGAGCUGUACCGAAUGUCAACAUACUCAACUUUCCCCGCCGGUGUACCUGUCUCAGAAAGGAGUCUUGCUCGUGCUGGUUUUUAUUACACUGGUGUGAAUGACAAAGUCAAAUGCUUCUGUUGUGGACUGAUGCUGGAUAACUGGAAACAAGGAGACAAUCCCAUUGAGAAGCAUAAAAAGUUGUAUCCUAGCUGUAGCUUUGUUCAGAAUCUAAAUUCAAUUAACGUUUCAGGAGCCUCUUCUCAGCCUACUUUUCAUUCUUCAUUAACGAAUUCCACGCAUUCACUACUUCCCAGCAUGGAAAACAGUGGCUACUUCAGUGGCUCUUAUUCAAGCUUUCCAUCAAAUCUUUUAAACUCUGGACCAAAUCAGGAUUUUUCUGCCUUGAGGAUAAGUUCCUACCCUUGUGCAAUGAACACUGAAAAAGCCAGAUUACUUACCUUCCAGAUGUGGCCGUUGACUUUUCUGUCACCAACAGACCUGGCAAAAGCAGGCUUUUACUACAUAGGACCUGGAGAUAGAGUGGCUUGCUUUGCCUGUGGUGGAACAUUGAGCAAUUGGGAACCGAAGGAUGAUGCUAUGUCAGAACACCUGAGACAUUUCCCCAACUGUCCGUUUUUAGGAAAUCAGCUCCAAGGCACUUCAAGGUACACUGCUUCUAAUCUGAGCAUGCAGACAUAUGCAGCCCGCAUUAAAACGUUCUGCAGCUGGCCCUCUAGUGUUCCAGUUCAUCCUGAGCAGCUUGCAAGCGCAGGUUUUUAUUAUGUGGGUCACAGUGAUGAUGUGAAAUGCUUUUGCUGUGAUGGUGGACUGAGGUGUUGGGAAUCUGGAGAUGAUCCAUGGGUGGAGCAUGCCAAGUGGUUUCCACGGUGUGAGUACUUAAUACAAAUUAAAGGACAAGAGUUCAUUAGUCGAGUUCAAGCCAGUUACCCUCAUCUACUUGAACAGCUGUUAUCUACUUCAGACAAUCCAGAAGAUGAAAAUACAGAGUCACCAAUUAUUCAUUUUGGACCUGGAGAAAACCAUUCAGAAGAUUCAGUCAUGAUGAAUACACCUGUGGUUAAAGCUGCCUUGGAAAUGGGCUUUAGUAGAAGGCUGGUAAAGCAGACAGUUCAGAGUAAAAUCCUAAUGACUGGAGAGAAUUAUAAAACCAUCAGUGAUCUUGUAUUAGAUUUACUUAAUGCAGAAGAUGAAAUAAGGGAAGAGGAGAAAGAAAGAGCAACUGAGGAAAAAGAAUCAGAUGACCUGUCAUUAAUCCGGAAGAAUAGAAUGGCACUUUUUCAACAUCUGACUUGUGUGCUUCCAAUUCUGGAUAGUCUCCUAACUGCCAGGGUGAUUAGUGAACAAGAGCAUGAUGUUAUUAAACAGAAAACACAAACAUCUUUACAAGCAAGAGAACUGAUUGAUACUAUUUUAGUGAAAGGAAAUUUUGCAGCCACCAUAUUCAAAAACUCUCUACAAGAAAUUGAUCCCAUGUUAUACAAGCGUUUAUUUGUGCAACAAGACAUAAAAUACAUUCCUACAGAAAAUGUUUCAGAUUUACCAAUGGAAGAACAAUUGAGGAGACUACAAGAAGAAAGAACAUGUAAAGUGUGUAUGGACAAAGAAGUGUCCAUAGUGUUUAUUCCUUGCGGUCAUCUAGUAGUUUGCAAAGACUGUGCCCCUUCUCUAAGAAAAUGCCCUAUUUGUAGAGGUACAAUCAAGGGUACAGUUCGUACAUUUCUUUCGUGAAGAAGAUCUAAAACUCUGUCUAAACUUAUACUAGAAUUAAUGGAUGAAAUGUAUUAUAAUUUUAACUUUGAUAGUGUUUUGGUUUCUUUAAGAUUUUUUUAUUUAUCUGCAACUCAGAAGAUUUUGUUUUAUAUAAAUAUAUUUAUAUAAAUAUAUCUCUAAAAUAUGAACAUAAAUAUUUUAUAUAGCAGGGAAUGAUGGACUUUUGUUCUUAUGAACAAAAUAUAGGGAUAGCACUAUAAGCACAAUACUAAAUUAAAAUUUCAGCAUUAUUGAAAUUGUAAGUGAUGGAAAAUUUAAGCUUUUGAACUGACCUUUCCGAAUUUUGUGUAUUUUUGAGUUGUAUUAAGGAUCAGGAACACAGAUUCCUUUGCUUUUUCCAUCAGUGUCCUAUACAUAGAAGGUCUUGAUAUUUGUUGAAUGACUUUUUUAGGACAUAAUGUUUUUGUAAAGAAUUCUAUGAGGAACAUUUUAAUAAAGCAAUCAAAAUUA